GCACCAAGCGAUUUCCUCGCGGCGGCGCUAAGUCGCUAACCCUAUGCCCGAGCUGCUCCUAAAAAAAACUGCUCCGCUGUUCGUCAACGCUGCGCCGCCGCCGUUCUCCGUCCCGGCGGCGAGCUUCGGCAACUGAUCUGCUUCGGCCGUUUUCCAUGGCGGGCCGAUGUCCAAUAGUAAUCUCGCUGCACCGCUCUCUCCGUCUCUCGGUAUCCACAGUCGUCUCUCGUGCGACUUUACUCCUUCCUGUUCGUGCGACUUCAAUCAGAUCGCUAACAGCGGAUUCACGGCGAUCCCUUCUGAAUCCCUCUCCGGCGGCGGGAGCAGGAGUGUGGCGACUUGACCCUUGGAGUUGAGGAGAGGCAACGAGGAUGUGGGCACGAGGGGGCAGUGGAGUCUUCCCGGUGGAGUUGAGGUGAGGCAAAUAGCCAAAGACGACGCUGGGCGUGAGGCGGCGGCGGCGGCCUUAGCUCGUGCUCUCCAUCACUCUUUUUUUUUUUUUGUUGAGGCCUCUUAAAACAUUUCAACCUCCAUCUUGCGCAAAUUAGUCCAUGUCAAAUUGUAAUCCUCCUGAUGUCCUGUCCUGCCGCUCUUCAUUUCCGUAGCUGCUACAAUUCCAACGUUAAGGUCUUGUUGAGGAAGGACGGCAAGCUGAUCAACUGCCGCCUCUGGUUCAGACUACAGGAAACGCUAGGCAAAGAUUAGCAUAACUUGAGGAAUUAUGCUCCCAGCCCUUCUUGUUUGAGAUUCCCCCCUGUGCUCUCUAAUUAUCUCUUAAGAGAGUAAUAUUAUUACUGCAUGCCAAGUGUUUUUGUUAUAAAAAAGUUGUUGAUAUUUACACCUAAAAUAGAUUCUGAACUGAUCCAGGUACAGAUGCAUAUUCCAUGUAAUUCCCAACUGAUACCACUUAUUUAAAGUAAUUCCUAACAGGAAUGAGAAUAUUUGUUUGGUAAGACUUGUGAAUUUUCAUUUUUAAACAUGGGAUAUGCAAUGCAUAUAAUGGAGAUUGUAUUAUUGUGCCCUAUGAAGCAGAUGCACAGAGGACAUUCUUAUCUGUAAACAAACUUAUUAUGGCAUGGUUAUCGGGGAUUCAGAUUAGGAUUUGACACCAUUUGGCUGUUCUGGACAAAGCCGACUGUUACAACCCUUUACUCUGCCCUCAGCAUGUUCCAUAACCCUUCUUUUCUCUCCUUUUUAUGUAUCUUGUUGUAAUAUGCAGAUUAUAACAAGGCGUCGAAUCCCAGAUUACGACGAUUAAAAUGAAACAGGGAGCCAGACUUUAAUGGAUUCAUUUCAUGAAUUUUAUUUGAGAUAUGUAUUUUAACUGGUCGUACCUAUAAAAAGCUUGACCAACAUGCCAUAUAGCAUAUGAUGUAUUUUUUUUGGAAGAACUGUUGAGCAUCAUAGUCAUCCUACAAAAAUAUGUUAGACCGAAAAAAUCCAAAAUAGUAUUCUGUGCAAGCAUAACAAGUUGUUCUAUAAAUGGAUAUAAUAGGCAAACACAAGUUGUACCGGGCUACUAUCGUGUAGUUAAUUAUCAAACAUAUACUCCCUCGGUCCGAAAAAGCUUGUCCCUCAAAUGAAUGCAUCUAAUAUCAAAUUAGUGCUAGAUACAUCCAUCCAAGGGACAAGCUUUUCCGGACGGAGGGAGUAAAUCACAUGUUACAAAUGAGAUAUAUUUUUUAUUUAUCAUUCAACCAAAUGAUCAAUAACUUCUCAGCUUUUAGUGCGAUGAUGUUUUUCUUACAAUGUAGAAACUUCUCCACAAGUUAAUGUCUUAUAUGAUUUCGGGUAAUGAAGCACCUGGGGUACUGUGUUGUUUAUCUUCCACCUCGACAUGAAGGCUGGGCAACUGAGGAGAGGGGUCGCCAUCAUGCAAAGGCAUAGCAAACUAUGUGUCUCCACAUCCACCUGCAUGUUCGGGCUCCAAGAUUGGGCAGACCUCCCGAAGGAUCUGUUGCAAUCAGUAUUCUCUCGCUUAGGCUCGAUCCUUGACCUUCUCGCCUUUGUUGCAACCUGCCGUUCUUGGCGGGUUGCAUUAACUUCAUACUCAUCCAAAUCCACCUUAUGCACUUUAUUCCCGCCUCUCCUCAUCCAACCCAACAUUCGUGUCCAUGUUCCUCAUCCUCCAUGUAACAAUGGUCAUCGCCACUUACAGGCAUAUAAAGUUAUCGAUCCAGCCAAGCAAAGUGCCACCGGCCUUCACUGCCAUAUUGAUGAAGAAAUUUUGCAGACGAUGCGUUGUGCUGGCCCUUCAUAUGGUCAACUCAUCUUCUACAACCAUGGACAUUGCGUUGUUGUUGAUCCUUUUAGAGGUACCAAGGUUUCACCUCCACGUCUCCCAUUGUGUGAUGACUAUAGGAAGCUCAACUGGUCUGAUAUUCCAUUCAAUCAAAAAAUCAUGGAGCUCCAACAACUAGUUACAGAGUCUUACUGCAGCGCCAUUCUAACAGCUCCCCUUGCAUCACCAAACUCGCAUAUGCUUGUUAGCACCGGCCUCUCCUUAUUUAGUUGGCCGGUUGGAAGUGAUACUUGGUCUGAACUCCAGUGUUCUGGUGUACAAAUAAUUCAGAUUGUGGAAUUCAACGGCCAAUUCAUUGCCAUGGACCUUCGUCAACAGAUAUACACUUUGGAGGUGGCCCCCAAGCUUAGACUGCAGGAGAUAACCACUAACCACCCCCCUGACUUGACCAAGAGCUCCCAAGACCCGUCUAAAACAUCAUGGCUAGUGGUCUGCGGUGACAUGCUUCUGAUGUUGGUCCAUUCUUGCACGAGUAUUCACUACAAUGCCAGUGUGCCAUUUGUCCGCACGGUCCAUUACCUUGACAUGUCAACCAAGCCUGCAAAAUGGGUGGAUAUGGAAAAGCUGGACAAUUGGGCCAUCUUCACGGGGAGUGAUAUCAGGAGUACAUCAUUUUCUUGCAUGAACCCAGAACAUUGGGGAGGAAGGAGCAAAUGUCUAUAUGUUGCUCGUUCCCCUAAACCUUGGAGUGAAUAUGGGUUAGGCAAUGAGCCAGAUCCAUCUGUUGAUCCUGUUCAUCAGCACUUCAGGAUCUGGUGCCACCUGAUGCAACCCCUUUGGGUGUACCCGAGCAUGCUCUAUUCGGAUGGCCCUUGAUCAUCAUGUGUACCUACAACUUGUUGGUCUAUAAGCUCAAGCUUAUUGGGAAAUUUCCUCUUCUGCAACUCCGGUAUGAGUUUGAAGAUGUUCAUAGUGACAUUAGCACUCGGAAUUCAACCUUUGCAUUAUAUUUUGGUCCCCCGGUUUCUAAUAUUUUGUAAGAGAUGUUUAUGGUGGUUGUAUUACUGCUUAAGCUGAACCUCCUAGCCUUCUAUAGUUAGUGUUUUUUUUUUGUGAUGUUUAAUGUUGCAUUGGAUAGAUGUGUGAUACUUUUAACUAUUUGUUGCUUCAUUUUCUA